UUUCAUUCAUUUUUAAUCGAUUAACCCUUGUUUGUCCCUUCUAUUUAUUCGUUUUACAAAGGGUUGGAAUACAGCGAGGGAGAAAAGUUACUGAGGUGUGAGGAUCCGGACAGCUAUUUGAGAAUUCAGCAGUCUGGAUCUUAUUUGAACACCUAUUAUUUGGGUUAAACGUUGGCUUUGACGAUGGCGAGCGACCUUUUGUAUUUUAAUUUGGUUUGGUGUUAGUGUCGCGGUGAAUUAAGCUGGGAUUUCUAUGGGCGAGUUUCAAGGAGGCUAUAAUUCGCAUGCCUCAACACUUUAUCAAGACCGUAGCGUUUCAUCGCGAGUUCCAUGGAUGACAGAGUUCGCAUAAAUGUGAGUGGUACUACCUUUGAGACGCGUCUGAGUACACUCACGCGAUUUCCACGGACUCUUCUCGGCUCGCACUCGAAACGGCAGAAACACUACAACGACACGCUACAGGAGUUCUACUUCAACAGACACCGCUUAGCUUUUGAGUCUAUCCUAUUUUACUAUCAGUCAAACGGCAGGUUAAUUCUACCAGAUGAAGUUCCUUUUCGUGUUUUCACGGAGGAAGUAGAGUUUUUUGAACUGGGAGAGGAUGCGUUGAACUCGAUUUCGCAGGGAAUGUUACCAAAUACUAUUCGUAAAGAGCCGGAUAGAGUAGUAAUGAGAAAAAUAUGGAAUUUAUUUGAGCAUCCGGAUACGUCUAUGCUAGCACGAGCAAUCGCACUGUUUUCUGUAUUUAUGAUAAUUGCGUCAGUGCUCGUCUCAAGCGUGGAAACUCUGCCGCAGUGGGGAAUCAGAGAUUGCGGUAAAUCGUGCCGUAAUCAAACCAGCGGUGACUUGUUAAAGGAUUGUAACAGCACGUUUGAGAAAUACGAAAAGUGCUCCAAGACCAAGGAGAUCUUUAUGUUUCUAGAGACCAUCUGUUAUUCGUGGUUUCUUUUCGAGUACGUGAUUAGGUUUGCUACGGCGCCAGAUAGAUCCAAAUUUGUGAUAUCUCCAUUAAAUCUGGUUGACCUUCUCGCUAUCUGCCCGUUCUUUAUCUUGUUAUUAAUCCGUAGCGAGCGCGUGGUAAGCCUUGCCGUUCUGCGAAUCAUAAGAGUCCUCAGGGUCUUCAGAGUCUUGAAAUUGUCACGCUAUUCUGGUGGUCUGCGCGUGUUGUGUUACACACUGCGCUCAAGUCUGAAAGAGCUAGAAAUGGCCAUGUUGUUCGUCUGCAUGAUUGUGGUACUCUCCUCUAGCGCUGUAUACUAUACAGAUCUUGGGCACCCUAAGUCUCAGUUUUCCAGUAUUCCGGAUGCAUUCUGGUGGUGUGCGACUACAGUGACUACAGUAGGUUAUGGAGAUCAGAUUCCUGUGACCGCCUCGGGACGUUUUGUAGGAUGUAUUUGCGCCGUGCUCGGUGUGUUGGCGUUCUCGCUACCUGUGAUGGCGUUUGCCACGAAUUUUAAUGCCUAUUUGAAAUGUGAACCAGUGCGGAAACUAGACCCUGCGAGAGAAAGGACGGAAAGUAUCAACCGAUAUAGAAAAAGCUUUAGGGUUAGUCAGGUGCGGAAAUCAAGUGGUUGAUAGAAAGGGUAAAUUUAAAGAGUAUCUGCCAGCCGCCAUUAUGUCAUAUCAAAAUAUCUAGUGCGAGAAAGUAUUCAGUUCCACCGGCUGUGUAGGGGAAGUUAUAGCGAGGUUUCCUUGCUUGGUAAAAUGAACUAUAGAACUUUGUUAUCAGAUGGUUAUUUCGUGAUUCCCGUUCUUCCAAUAUUGCAUAUAAACAAUAACAAAGAUGGGGCUGACUUUUUUUAUCUAAUUAACAAAUGUUGAUCAUUUAAAAGACUGUACAAUUUUAGGCCAGAAAACGCAACCCAGCCCUCCCUUAGAGGUUGGUUUCCAUGUGAUCUCAGCACGAUUGCAACCAAUGGCAUUCCGAUCGCAAUCGUAUAUAUAUUCUUAUCGUACACGAACGCAGGGUGAGUUUUCAAAUAAUCGUACACGAUCACCUGCGAUAGAGAUCGAUAUGGAAACCAUCCUUAACCCCGUCUAGCAUCGGUCUUGCAGAGCUGUCAAUACUGUCCAACUGUCCCUCAUUUGGAAUGGCCAUUUGUCAAGUGCUAGUGGCAAAUGGCGAAAUGGUAAUAUAAUGCUGUAGGAUGGAGGGAUGAGGGAGGGGUGGCUCUACGAAUCAAUCCAUAAAUCCAUGGAUUUGGUGCUGUAGCUCCAAUAAGUUAAAGUCCAAUAAGUUAAAGUUAAGUCCUAUGAGACAUAAUGUACCCUGGACACCAGAGCCUCCAGACAUCUCUCGUCAAGUUAAGCUCUGCCAAAAUCGCGAGAGAAGUCUGGAGGUUGUGGUACCCUGGUUAGACAUAAUGAUGCAUGGUUUUCGCAUUCCUCAACGCAUAUUCAGGUAACAGAGGUUUUGGAGCUCUCAUAAUCAGAAACUCAAUUCUGUCUCGACAGAUUACCAAGCUUAUAGCUGUGACUAAAACGUUUCGUGUCGUGGUAUUCUAACUACCCGGUUGCAAGAAAGCUGGCAGUUACGGUGCAAAGUAUACGAGUUAUGAGGACAGUAAGGUUCGGUGUCAGGACUAAGCUGGUUAUCUGGUAUUCGGGUAAAUAGAAACACGUUUAGCUGGCUGAGAAGGUUUAGCAAGGUUUUAUUAUUCAUCUCCAGAUUAGGAAGAUUCAUCCAAAGCAAAAAAUACUUUCCAGAAAAAAAACGAUUAAUCAUUACAGAAAAAAAACUACCCCUAAUACCUUUUAUAUACGAUCACUGUAUACUAGUAUACUAGAAGUACCGAUGUUUUAGGUGUCUCUAAAAACAAUAUGCAAUUUAGUGAUUAAAUUUCCCCGCAACCGAAGGAUGAUUAGUUGAAGGCCCUACGUCGUAGGCGGAAUGGGUUAUAUGCACUGGCCAAAGCCUUUGUAUGCAAGGCAAAAGAUAUAAGAUAAAAGGAUAUUUUUUGUCGGCCAUCUUGGGUUCCUAAGAGCACAGUUAACGUCCGACUUUGACUUCACAAAUUAUAUCUAGUGGGUAUAGCAUUUCUACAAUUACAGCUCUUUUGCAGAGUUAUGUAUUCCAUGUAUCUCAAUUCAAUGAAGCCACCAAUUAGUGGAAAAGGAAAAAAACGAAGACCUUUCAUUGAGAAAAAAAACUUUAUAUCAUUGGAAUACACAUGGCUGAUAAGGCUUCUUUUGCAUUCAGCUACAAAGCUUCUAGUUCCAUUUAUAUUAUGGCAGAAUAACUAGGUCAUCGGCUUACAAGUGUUAUUGCUCGGGCUUUAGGGUAGUUUGAGUGAAGAAUGAUUCGGUAACAACGACUAUCCCGUAGAUUGUCUAUAUGCUCCCUGGCUAAAAUGGAACCUAGGUUUAUUUACCACUAAUAAGACAUCCUACAAAGAAUGCCUUUUUUCCAAACCUAAACUAAAGUCGUAAUCGAGGCAUCCUUUUCUCUUACUAUUCUUACUAUUCUUUUUUUUUUGACAUUGUAAAUUGGGAAUUUUUAGAUUGGUGAAAAGGAACUUAUUAUGAUUGGCCAUUUCAGGCAUAUGACAAAGUGUCAUGUGGGUAGACUAAUCACAUUGCUUAUGUAACACAAAGGAGAAAUGAAUAAUUUUAGCUAUCGGGUAUUGGGGAAAGUAUUUUCUGAUCUUUCUUUUACAAUAAAAAUCGACAAUAAAUAUUAAACAUCGCA